AAAAAAACUAUAAUUAUGGAAGAUAUAGAAGAACAGAUAAAACUGGUAGAAGUAAAAAUAUCAAAAUUAAAUAAUUUCAUAGCACUAAGCUUGAGAAGAGAAAAAGUAUCCAAGGAGCUGGAGAAGCUUGUCUCAGAUGCAAUUAUUGUUCGAGAUCUAAUGACAAAAUCUCAUGAGCUAUUGCAAAAGGAAUUUAAUACUUUAGAAAAUGAUUAUAACGAGGUAAUGUCUGAAAUGCGAAAGAAGCAAAUGCUGGUCAUGAACUAUGUAAUUAAAGAAAAAAAGAGAAAAAUCAAAGAAUCUGAAGAGGAGGAAAAGAAAGUUCAAUUGAUACUAAGUGGCGCGAAAUCGAGUGGUAGCGCUAUCAAAGCUAAUAGUGCAGCUCCGAAAUCCGCUGUUAAAAAAACUGAUCUUUUAGCCAAAUUAAACCCAAGUCAAACACUUUCCGCAACACCUAAAAUAAAACUCAAUGACUAUAAACAGUCACCAAUGAUUAAAAAGAAAGUUAAUCCUAUAUUUCAGUUUGAAGAAUUCGAUGUCACAAUCACGCAACAACAAUUCGAUAAAAUACCAAAGUAUAUGUGUGGCCGCGAAACGUUGGAUCAGUUAAAUUCAUUUUUGGAAACAGUUAUUAUACCCUGUUUUAACGAGAAAUAUCAAUUAAUGCACAAGGAACGUAGUUGCUUGAGAAAUUUAAAUGAUCUAGAAUUGUGGAAAUUAUACAAUGAGCAGUCUGUCUAUUUACCGGGACGUAGCUUUAUAACACCUGGAGAUGUGACUAGAAAACUAAAUAAAAUGUUGGAUAAAAAGAACCAAAAUCGUCUAAUAAUGCUUAGACAUAUCGGAAUUCUACAUGAAGUUCGUGUUAAACAAACAGUGUGCUACGUUUGGUCACAUAAUGAUCAUAAUUAAUAUAUUCUAGAUUUUUAAAAAAAUUUUUUGUUAUUAAAGUCGAGAUACUUGAAAUUGCAUGCAAUUAAAUUAAACAAUUUUAAUAAAUAAAUAAUAUUGACUAUUAACUUA